CUACGCGGCUACGCGGCUACGGCUACGGUUCUCCCUUGAGAUCCAGUGCAGGGAAUUGGACGGAUAAGGAGGAGAGAAAGAGGAGGAGGAGAAAGGAGCAUCAAUACCACAACGAAUCUAUAUACACACACACACACCCAGCUAUACAACAUCCUGUAUCUAGUCUACGAUAUUGUCAAAACAAAACAUAUACCGAUUAAUUGUAGUUCGUAAGCCGCUUGAUGAAUAUUGGUCAGGAGAAGCAUCCGCACUUGCAUCCGCAUCCGCAGCAGCAGCAGCAGCAUUCGCAUCCACAUCCGCAGGCAAAACAGCAGCAGCAGCAGCAACAUACCCAGGCCAAGAACAGUCGCCUGCAGGAUCUAUCCAGUCCGCCGCCGUCUGGUGCGGCGAGUGCCAGUCAAUCGUCGGGGGCCAUACCCAUCGACUAUCCCUAUCUGCUCGGCUAUCGGCUGCCGCUGAGCCACGGCCAUGAGAGACAUCCAACGCACCACCACCACCACCACCACCAACACCAUCUUCACCUCCAUCAGCAGCAGCAGCAGCAGCAGCAUCAGCAUCCAUCGAUUGGCAAUCUUAGGCGCUCCAGCUCCCCAGUGCCCGUGCCCGUGCCAGUGCCCGUGCCCGUUCCGAUGGUGAUGACACCAAGUCGCCGCAGUUCGCCGCCACUGCCGCUACCACUGACAUUGCCGCUGCGACAUCCACUGAACCUCAACCACAGCCACAAUCACAAUCACAACCACAACCACAAUACCCACACCAAUGCGAGUGUGGGGGGCAGCCAUCAGUCUAUGAGCGCCCACUUCUCGUCGCUGGCCCAUGCCCAGCUGCAUCUGCAGAGCCAGCUGCACCAGAAGCUCUCGGAGGCCAGCUACUUCCGCAAUUCCUCGCCCUCGCCCUCGACGGACAACAGCAGCAACAACAACACCACCAACAGCAGUCGGCAGCAGCAGCACGCUGCCUGCUCCACGGCCCCAGCGUCGACGGCCUCGACGGCCGUGUCCCCGCCCGCCACGAGCAUGAGCAUGAGCACCGCCCAAAUGAAUCCGCUGAGCGAUCUGCAGAAUAUGCAGCCCUUUGAUUUUCGUAAAAUCAGCACCGCCAGCCUGGGGGCCUUCUCCACGCCGCUGCCGCCCAGCCCCACCGAGUUUGUGCACCACCAUCAGCAGCAUUUGCAGCAGCAGGCGGUGCAGCAGGCCGCCGUACUGGCCCAGGCACGGCGACGGAUCAGCGAGGCCAGCACGCCCGGCGAGAAGAGCGCCGCGGUGGCGGCUGCUGCUGCAGCAGCGGCGGCGGCAGCCGCCCAAAGCAAUCAAUUUUUUAGCGCCAUGGCCAUGGCGGGCCAUCCGCUGCCGUAUCACCUGCCGCCGCCGCCACCACCGCCGCCCCCACCGCAGCAGCAGUCCACGUCGCAGUCCUCGUCGUCCACGCAGUCGCAGAGCAAUCAGACGCCGGAGAUGGGCCAUGGCCAUGGCCACAGUCACGGACAUGGUCACGGUCACGGCCAUGGACAUGGCCAUGGACACGGACACAGUCACAGUCACAGUCACGGCAACCAUUCGCCCAGUCACAAUCACAGUCACAGUCACCAGUAUACGCAUCCGCACCAGCAUCAGCAUCAGCACCAACAUCCGCACCAGCAUUCGCAUUCGCAUCAGCAGCACUCGCAGCACUCGCACCACCAAAAAUCAAACACCGGAGGUGUGGGGGGCGCAGACGAAUCCUCGGGCAAGUCAUCGCGUCAUUUGGAUAAGGGCAGCAACAGCUGCUCCUCCUCGACAGCCUCGGGAUCGGGCUCUGGCUCCGGCUCUGGCUCGGGCUCGGGCGGUUCCGGUGGCUCCGGCUCGAGCUCCCAGCGCAUGACACGCCUGGCCCUGUCCUCCAACCUGCGCUCUGGCCGCAAGGCGCACUCACCCGGCGGCGGCGGAGGAGGAGGCGGCGGCGGCGGCGGUGGUGGCGGCAGCAAGCGUCAGUGGGGCUCCAUGCCCGCGAAUUUGGGGACGCAGUUCAUCAAUCCGGUGACCGGCAAGAAGCGGGUGCAGUGCAACGUCUGCCUGAAGACCUUCUGCGACAAGGGCGCCCUCAAGAUCCACUUCUCGGCGGUGCAUCUGCGGGAGAUGCACAAGUGCACCGUCGAUGGCUGCAGCAUGAUGUUCAGCUCGCGCAGAUCCCGCAAUCGGCACAGCGCCAAUCCCAAUCCGAAGCUCCAUUCGCCGCAUCUGCGACGAAAGAUCUCGCCGCACGAUGGACGUAGCGCCCAGCCGCAUCCGUUGCUGCUGCAGGCGCCCAACGGCAUUAUGGCCGGGCUGGCGCCCUUCGGCAGCUUCCCGCUGCUGACACCGCCCCCGGAUCUGCGCCAUCACCCGGCCAUGGGCGGGGGCUCGGCCAUGGAUCUGAAGCACGGCCAGGAGUAUCUGCAGCGGUCGUAUAUGGAGAAUGGGGGCAUGCUGGUGGGCGGACGCUUCGAGGGGCAGGGGCCGAGGCGCAAGGCGCUGGAGGUGGAGGCCGACGACGAUGACGAGGAUGAUGAGAUACUCGAGGUGGGCAUGCACAUGCCCGACGACGAUGACGACGACGACGAUGGAGACGGCGACGGCGACGGGGAUGGCGACGACGAUGACGAUGAUCCCGAUGGCGAUGGCAUUGUGGUGGUGGGCGACGAGCUGGACAGCAUACCGGAGAGGCGGGGCCAUGGCCACGAUCAGGACUUUAUGCUGGACCACGACCAGGACGAUGCGAGCGUCUCCAGCCACAGCCACAGCCACAGCCAGAGCCACAGUCAAACCAAAGAGCAGCCCAGCCCGGGCAAAGUGACGGCGGAUGGUCUGGAGGCCAUGGACGAGCAGCAGGACGCCCACUCGCCCAGCCAUGGCCAUGGCCAGAUCUCGGCCAGCAAGCGGAAGCGCAAGAGCCAGAAUCCCGUACGCUGCACGGUCCAGUCGGACGAGAAUUCGUGCGAGAAUUCGCUCGACUACGAUGUGGCCGCCGAUCUCUCCAUCAAGAAGAUACGACUGGGUGCAGCGGAUGGCAGCGCGGUGGCAGGAGCAGCAGCAGCAGCAGGCGCCACAGUCAGAGCAGCAGCUGCAGCGGCAGCGGCAGCGGGUGGAUGUGGGGGGGAGCAGCACGCUGCAUCAGCCAAAGAAACGGAAAUGGGACUGACCAGCUCCAGCUCGAACAGCGAGUCCACCAAGGCCAUUCCCUCGCCACCGCUCACGCCGUACACCACGCCCGGGGAUGGCAGGCCGCCGGUCAGCAUUAGCAUCAAGACGGAGCUGCCGGACGAAACGGAAACGGAAAUGGAAACGGAAACGGAAAUGGAGACGGAAAAGGAUGCGGGAUGCACCACGCUGGACCUCUCGCUGGCCUCGGCUGGCGCUGGGGCCAUCAAGCAGGAGCCGCUGGAGGAGCUCGCCCUUGGCUAUGAUAACGACGAGAAUCGCUAUCUGCGCAUCAAGCAGGAGCUGCUCGGCACCGACGAGGUUCAGGACUGCAGCAGCAGGAUCAACAACAACAACAACAACAACAACGUGCUAACGGACACACCUGCUGGAGCGCUGCUCAAGACGCUGGCGAAUGGCGAGGAGCGGGAGAAGGAGGCGGCGGCGGCGGAGGCCUACCACCACGAGGGGCAGAGAGAACGCCAAACGGAACCAGAACCCGAACCGGAGCCAGAGCCCGAACCGGAACCGGAACCCGAACCGGAGGUGCCCAUUGACAAGGAGAAUCCACUGAAGUGCACCGCCUGUGGGGAGAUCUUUCAGAAUCACUUCCACCUGAAGACGCACUACCAGAGCGUCCAUCUGAAGCUCCACCACAAGUGCAACAUCGAUGGCUGCAAUGCGGCAUUCCCCUCGAAGCGCAGCCGCGAUCGUCACAGCUCCAAUCUCAAUCUGCACCGGAAGCUGCUCUCGACCAGCGAUGAUCACGGCCACCUGCCCGGCACUGGCAUAGGCACUGGCAUAGGCACCGGCACCGGCACUGAUCCCCUGCUCGAUUUAAUGAGCCUCAAUGUGAACCUCAACAACAACAAGGGCGGCUUCGGUGGCUGCCCGCCGGUGGGUGUGGUGCCCGGCAACAUUCAGGCGGAGAUAUUGGCGCGCAUCUGCGCAGGCGCCCAUGCCCAUGGCCUGAGUGUGCCGCUCUGUUUCGAGGCACUGCAGCAUCGCUUCGCUGUGGGUCAUGGCCAUGGUCACGGGCACGGGCACUCGCCCACGACAUUCGGGGAUGGCGGUGCCAGUGCCAAUGCCUUCAUGGGCAGCGGCGAUCCCCGGCUGCUGCUCAAUCAUGGCGGCAAUCCGCUGCUUUUCGCGGGUCUGCCGCGACUGCCACGCUUCCCACAGCUGGCGCCGCACAUGCUGGCCGCGGGUGCUGCUGCUGCUGCCGGCGGACUGGGCCCCUUCUGCAGACGCACCUCCUCCGAUUCGAAUUCGCAGCACUCGAUCACGCCGCCGGUGUCGAAGAGUUCGCCCCAGUCGCAGUCGCAGUCGCAGUAUUUGCGGCCACGAUCCCGUUCGGUAACGCCGGACUAUGAGAUGCAACAGCAGCAGCAGCCAGCGGCAGCCGCAGCCGCAGCAGCAGAGGAGCAGGAGGCGGGCCAAAGGCAGAGUCCCGAUCGCAUAUCAUGACCAUGUACCUCGUACUAUGCCAAGGCAUUGGCAUUUUAUCACUAAAAAAACGGAAAUCGAACGAUCAGACGAGCUGCCGUCGCCGCC